GUUUCCAUUUGAUUCAGUAUAUGAUUUAUACGCAGUUGGAGUGAAAAUAAUAUUUAAGAGAAUUUAAUAAUUAAACAACUUUCGAUUUAAAGAUUAUAGGUAUUUCACUGACGCAAAUGUAUCAUUAGCAGCUGUUUAAACAGAAUUUAUGACUUUAAAAAAAAAAGAAAAGAACAUUUACAAAUGGUGUAAAAUUUACAAAGAAAGUAUUUGUCACUAGCGCUGGCGUUAGUGACUGUGGAAUAUACGUAAUUAAAUGUGAAAAUUAAGAUAUAUUUUACAUUAUCAUAUCAUUGUAACCUCCUAUAAAGAAAAAUUUACAAAAUGGGAAGGAAACUGAAAAACCAAGUGCCGUGUAUGCACGUAGCACAGCUAUUGUCAUUGCUUGUGUUAAUGUUUCUGUCGACAGCAAAAGCUGACUACGUCGAAAUAAGGAGCACCGGUUCAUCCGUUAUUGGUGGCACUAUAAAUUUUACAGCUGUAUUAUACGAUGAUGGCCAAGUUGCGAGUACGGGCAAUUACAUGUUUAAUUGGGAGGAUAACACCUCUGUUGGCAACCAUGCGGAAAUCAACACGAAAUACCCUUACAGCAAUUGGUCUGUAACAUAUCCAAUGAAUACGACCAAACCUGGCGAUUAUAGAGUCACACUGAAAGUGGAUAAAAGUUAUGUUUUCUGGAUAAAUAUAGCCAGCAAUCACAUCGAUUACAAGCUGGACGAUUCUUUGGGCGGUGAUAUGUUACUCAUACAAAACGAUACGAAACGUAAAAAUAAUUAUGUUUCCACUGUAAAGCCAGUCAAUCAUACAAUAUUAUUGCGACCGAGUGACGCAAAAUUACUAGCUGAAAAAGCCUAUGAGGUACAAACAUAUUGGUUUAGAAAUUGUACUUACAUUGGCGUCAUAAAUGGACUGAGCUAUAUCGCGCAGUACACAGAAGCCGAUCAAAAUUAUAAAAUCGAAGCUUUGGUUGUAGCGAAUUUUGAAAAACCCCCUGAGCCCCCAACUACAACUAGCACAACCACCACAACAACAACUACGCCCAAACCAACAACAACAACCACAUCAAAACCGACCACAACAACUCCAAAACCGAGCACUACAACGUCUACACCUUCCCAUGUAAACGUAACAACACCAACACAAAAGCAACGCCGACGUCGAGGUGCGGUGGCACCAACUCUACUGGAAGGAAAAGUAGAAAAUCAACCUAUGCCAAGCAACUUAACAAUAACCGCUGGCGUAGAUUCAAACGCAACAAAAGUCAAAUUGCCUUUGUCUUUGUCACCACUUCUUAUGGAUAAAGAGUCGCCUUAUAAUUGUCUUACUGGACAAUUAAAGCGUGAACCGAACAAGUUGACAGGACUCUUUAAACAUUAUGUAGUCUCGAAAGCGCCCGUCUCUGACUUCAAGGCCAGCGGUCAAAAUUGGUUACAACGCGGAGACAUGCUGCGCUUACAAAUCAACUGUAAAGGCUCUCCUUCUUUAGAGAUGUGCAUACAAGUAUACAAUGCUCCUUACAAUGCCACGGGCAAUGAAAUUUGCCGUUAUUAUUUUCCACUCGAGACCUGCGAAUAUAAUUAUACGCGCUUUUUCUAUGAAAGCAAAACGGUUUUAUUUUUCAUACGGAAUGAAGUGUCUGAGAAGUUGAAUCAGGUCACCAUCAAUAUGUACGAAGCAAAAGUUCAGUCGCAGUUGUCUGUUGUGGUGGUGCCCGUAUCAUUCACUUUAAUCGCUGUAAUAUUAAUCGUGUUUGGUGUCUCAUAUUAUAUUCAAUCUCGAAAUCGCUUCACGGUAGAAGUGGCCGAUUUUAAUUUUGGUGAUACUCAAUCCGUGGAUAUGGAGUAUAAAACAUUUCAACAACGUCUCAUCGACAGCAUACGCGAAGUAUUACCAUGGCGACGACGUUAUUCCGAAUUCGGCUCCGAUAUAGAACCGGAGUUUGAUCAUAAUGGUGCCAUCGGUGGUACAUUUGACAACAACGAUGGGCAACAGCGGCAGGUUGCUGCAGAAGAUAAUGAAAAUAAUGCAACAACCAGUGCUACUAAUGGCAAUGUGAAUAUAGAUAGUAAUCUCAGAUACAAUUCUUUAAAUUAAAUUAACUAAUAUAUAUCAUAAGGGAAAGUUUUAGAUUUUGUACAAAUUUCAUAAGAUUUUUUUUUAUUAAAAUUUGUAAAUUGUGGAUAAAAAGAAUAGUAUUGGAAAACCUUUGUGCUUAGUGGAAGGAAUCAAAACAAUUUCAGCUCGACUUAUUGUAAUCAAAUAUCUGUUAUUAUAUGCACUGUGGAUGUUUAAUAUUUUUUUUUUUACUUUUAGAUUAUUUU